GUCCCCCCUGGGGUGUCCCUCACUUCUCGGCCAUCAUCAAGACGAAACCCGAUCUGUAAUUCUACUGAGAGUCCUUAUACCUCCGUCUACAGCAUCAUGGCAUCCAUGAACCAAGUUGUUACUGGUUAUGCCGCUCGUCGAGCGAAACUAGAAGCCAGUCAAAAUCCCUAUGCCAAGGGCAUCGCCUGGGUUGAAGGACAACUCGUUCCCCUCAGGGAGGCCCGCAUCCCCCUAAUCGACCAAGGCUUUCUGCGCAGUGAUUUGACCUACGAUGUCAUCGCCGUCUGGGACGGCCGGUUCUUUCGCCUAGACGACCACCUCUCUCGACUUGAAUUGGCCUGCGUGAAGUCGCGUCUCAAGUUGCCUAUAUCCCGCGAUGAAGUGAAGGAAACCCUGGUUAGGAUGGUCGCGCAAAGCGGUAUUCGGGACGCAUAUGUGGCUCUGAUUGUGACGCGGGGACUGCAGAGCGUUCGCGGUGUCAAGCCGGAGGAUUUAGUAAACAACCUGUACAUGUUUGUGCAACCCUAUGUCUGGGUCAUGGAUCCAGAGGUCCAACGGAUCGGUGGAAGUGGUGUUAUUACGCGAACUGUUCGUCGGGUGCCCCCAGGGGCUAUCGACCCUACCGUGAAGAACUUACAAUGGGGUGACUUGACUCGAGGUAUGCUCGAGGCUGCGGAUCGAGGUUCCAUGUACCCGUUCUUGACGGACGGAGAUGGCCAUCUCACGGAGGGAUCCGGUUAUAAUAUUGUUCUGAUCAAGGACGGCGCGAUUUAUACGCCUGAUCGCGGGGUGCUACAUGGUGUCACCAGGACAAGUGUCAUUGAUGUUGCACGAGCUUGUGGGAUCCAAGUUCACCUCGAGGCUGUGCCGGUCGAGUUGGCGUAUCAGUGUGAUGAAAUUUUCAUGUGCACGACAGCGGGUGGAAUCAUGCCCAUCACAGAGUUGGAUGGGAAGCCUGUGAAUCGGGGGCAGAUUGGUCCGGUCACGAAGAAGAUCUGGGACGGGUAUUGGGCUAUGCAUUAUGACCCAGCCUACAGCUUCGCAGUCAGAUAUGAUGAUGAAUCAAAGGCCAAGCUGUAAUUGUAGGGAAGUAACAAUGGCCGAGAUUCAGAUAUUGCAUACUCGUAGCGAGGUUUCCG